UGGUAGCCUUGGGCUGUUCAUGGUUGGUAGCCUUGGGCUGUUCAUGAUUGGUAGCCUUGGGAAGACCAUGGUUGGUAGCCUUGGGCUGUCCAUGGGUGUAGUCUUGGGCAGAUCAUGGUUGGUAGGCUUGGGCAGUCCUUGGUAGGGCUCAGUGGGCUUAAUGAUUAUUCCAAUGAGCAGGGCCUUCUAUGGCUCCUGUAUCAGUGCUACCAUGGUUGGUAGCCUUGGGCAGUCCAUGGUUGGUAGCCUUGGGCAGACCAUGGUUGGUAGGCUUGGGCAGUUCCUGGUUGGUAGCCUUGGGCAGUGCAUGGUUGGUAACUUUGGGCAGUCCAUGGUUGGUAGCCUUGGGCAGUCCAUGGUUGGUAGCCUUGGGCAGUCCAUGGUUGGUAGGCUUGGGUCAUCCAUGGUUGGUAGCCUUGGGCAGUCCAUGGUUGGUAGGCUUGGGUCAUCCAUGGUUGGUAGCCUUGGGCAGUCCAUGGUUGGUAGCCUUGGGCAGUCCAUGGUUGGUAGGCUUGGGCAGUCCAUGGUUGGUAGCCUUGGGCAGUCCAUGGUUGGUAGGCUUGGGUCAUCCAUGGUUGGUAGCCUUGGGCAGUCCAUGGUUGGUAGCCUUGGGCAGUCCAUGGUUGGUAGCCUUGGGCAGUCCAUGGUUGGUAGCCUUGGGCAGUCCAUGGUUGGUAGGCUUGGGUCAUCCAUGGUUGGUAGCCUUGGGCAGUCCAUGGUUGGUAGGCUUGGGUCAUCCAUGGUUGGUAGCCUUGGGCAGUCCUUGGUUGGGCUCAGUGGGCUUAAUAUUUACUCCAAUGAGCAAGGCCUGCUAUGGCUCCUGUAUGCUUGUAUGUUAUCUGCUCGCUAUACACCCCCUACUAUUGUACAGCGCUGUGGAAUAUGUUGGAGCUUUAUAAAUACAUGCCAGUGUUCUGUACUUAGCAGCCCAUUUAGACAGCAGACUGACAUCACAUAAUUUGGAGAGAGCAGGCAGUUCCAUGAGUCAGACAGAGGGGGGGGCAACUGAAACCCUUCCUCUCCUUCUAAUCCAAUAAAAGCCGGGCAAGCGAAUGGGUCCGGAUGGUACAUGCGGAUACAAUGCAACAAAUCAGCGCUGCGGCGAGGGGACACCGGGGGGUUAAACUCCCUCAACCUCCUCCCUUUUAUUAGGUAGUGCGGCAUCGUUGCCCGUAUCAAAUUCUCCACCCCCUAUACCCCCCUCCCAAUUCUUUUCCUUGGCAUCUGGGGACGCACAGAGCAAGGUGGGUGGGGUCCCUGGAUUUUCGUGGUGCUACCUUUUUGCCUUUUUGCCUUUUUGCUUUGCCCUCCCCCUUCUGAUCCGGCUCUAAAUCUUUCAAUAUGCCGUUCCAAUGAUAAAAGGGAAGGGGUAAAUGGAGAUUUAGCUGCCCCCCCCCCCGUACCGCCGGUGCCUCUGAGGAGAGAGGGCUAGCCAUCUUUAAUUUGCUGGGAGGGCUUGUCGGCAGCUGUUUCCAUAGCGAAGGAGAGAGAUGCUGCUCGCAGGGCUGUAACCAUCAUCAUCAUCGUCGCUGCAGAAAGAAAUCCCGGGGCGUUUGCGUUGGGAAGAAGAAUUGCCCAAAGGGGGGUAAAAAUCAGUUUCUCCGUUGCCGUAGCUCGAGCUGAUAGAAGAUGGCGUGGCCUUGCGUGACCAGGGCUUGUUGCAUCGCCCGCUUUGGGAACCUGCAAGACAAGGGCGACAUUGCGGUGCCUUUAAUGUAUUCCAAAUAUUCCGAGGUGACAGAUGGGGCUCAGCCGCCGCCACCCCGCCCUGGGUCUGCUGCCAUAGAAACGCAGCCGUCUCUCUCCGAUCCGUAUUCUGGGAGCCUGGGCAGGUUCUCCAAGAAGCCGGAGUCGGCCAGGGGCUCGGUGAUGCGCCAGGAUUACCAGGCGUGGAAGGCGAAUCCGGAGCCGAGCUGCAAGCCCCGCAUAGAGUACCAGCCCUCCGAGGCACCGCUGGAGCGAGAGACUCAGUACAAAAAGGACUUUCGCUCCUGGCCCAUUCCCCGCCAAGGGGACCACCCCUGGAUCCCCAAACUCAGCCCCAGCCCCACCAUGCCCGUCAUUGCCAGCGACGACAAGAGGAAAAAGGAUUUUGUGGCCCCCAAGGCGCCGCCGGCAGAGAUAAAGCUGAUCAACGCUGAGCAGCCGGAGAGUGCCAAGGGCAGGGGCCCCACUGCCUUCAUUGCGGCCCCCGAAAUCCUCAUUUCUGUCGUGCAAGAGACCAACGAGAUCCAGAAAAGGGAGAGCUUCAUGCCCAAACUGCCUGCCAAGGAGCCGCGGGCAACGAGGGAUACGGGGAGCCCCCACCCAGCCCAGGCCCGAGGGGAGCGAGGAGCCGGCACCUCCUACAGAAAUGAGUUCAGACCUUGGACCGAUGUGAAACCAGUGAAGCCAAUCAAAGCCAAGUCUCAGUACCAGCCGCCCGAGGAGAAGGUCGUCCACGAGACAAGUUACAAGGCCACGUUCAAAGGGGAAAGCAACCAGCCGGCAGCUGGGGACAACAAACUGAUGGAGCGGAGACGGAUACGCAGUCUGUACAGUGAACCUUCUAAAGAGUCCUCUAAGGUGGAGAAGCCUAGCGUUCAGACUUCCAAACCAAAAAAGACAUCGACAAGCCAUAAACCCGUGAAAAAGGCCAAAGAAAAGAUAAUGGCGUCUGGCCGGGCUUCCAAGAAGAAGGGCGCGGAGAGCAGCUCCACCACCAAGCCGGAGGAGAAGGAGAAGAGCAAGGAGAUCAACAAUAAACUGGCUGAGGCGAAAGAGUAAAUUCACGGCACUUAUUAUUGUUCUUAUUUUGAUGAUCAAGGCCACAAAAUACGUUAGAGACUUUAAAUCUGCUAAGGCUCUGAUUGUAUUUACCCCUUUUUACACGUUUCCCGUGAGAGUAGGCAUCACUUAGGCAUUAACCCGCGGCAGGUUGGGAGGACUCACUGGUUUUAUUUAGGUCUGGUAUCAGGGUGUUUGAUUGGAAAAUAUAACAUAUUGAAAGGGUGGGAUUUUGGGAUAGCUAUAUCUAAAAGAUGGCUUCAGUCUAUAUUCCCCCCUGUACAUUUAUACACAUAGCGGAAGCUGCCAUAUUACUUACCCAAUGGUUUGCAGUCCACCAUGACUUCAACAUCAUGAUCAAAAUUGAAAAGGCUCCACCCAAAAGCAAAUACUGAGGCAGCUCCCUGCAAACGAAUGUAAUGUUCUUGGAACAUAAUCACGAACACCUACCUGACUGUUUGAAGUUUUAAUGGAAAAUGAAUGUAAGAUCAUUGCCAUUUCUUCAUCAUAUGAUAGACUUCUUAUUUCAGGUUCUCGAGCUGCAUAGAUUCAGAUCAAAUGUUCUAGGUGCUACAAGUCAGUAUUGGUCUAUGUACCAGACCUGCCUAUGCUGAUAUUUUAUAUGUGAUAUGACUGAGUAGGUGUUUAAAUGUACUCACUGUAAUGCUCCAAUGCUGCUUUAGGGGGUUCAACAAAACCCGAGCAACAAGGUUUCAUUGGAAGAUACUAAGGAAACAUCACUGGGAGGUGGGAGGUAAGGGAGAGAGGAUUUACACAGUUGGUUCCAUCAUAGACGGUCAAUAGUCCAUUGGUGGUUUCCCAGCUGUUUUGGGGACUACAGCUACUUGGAUCUUCAUUCAACCUUAAUUUACUCAUCAUCAACAUCAUCAUGAUGAUCAGUUGCAAAGCAGACUAGAUAUACAUUUACUUAGGGUACAAGAAAGACCAUGCAAAUGGUGUUUUAGGUUCAACAUCUCAAGUACCUAAAGCACCAUCCUAUAAUGACACUGCCAAGACUUGAGAUGGUAGAUCACCAUAUUAAGGACAUUGUCCUAUGUAGCUUCCUACAGCAUGGUCUUCAAACCGUUUGCCUGAGACCCCCAUUUAUUUAGCUGAACAAGGUCUCAGAGUUGACUACUGCGACCUGUAUGUCCCCAUUAAUACCACAAACGUUGGGUCAAGGCUGCCAGCUAGUAAUAACUAGAGCCCCAAAGCAUUUCACGUUGGGGCUAUUGCUGCUAACCCCUUCUGCCUCUCAGACUGUGCUCCCUCAUUGACAUUCAGGAUGGUGCCUCAGUGCUAUUAGACUAUAUAUUCACACAUAGAGAGUAUAGAGAGUAUAUAGAGAGUCAUAAAAACUGUUAGUGUGACAUUUAUAAGAGUAUUGUCACUGUUUAGGUCCUGGCUGAACACUAAGCAAGUUAGAAAUAAGCACCAAUAAUGAAUUUCUUCAAGACCACAUGGAUAGACAUUUGGCAUAAGUGAUCAUUACAGACGUCCGGAACCACAGAAGAUGUCUCUACAGGGUUAAAUAGGAACAAAAAAAUAUUUUUUAAAGGGUCUUCCUGGGAAAGGACCCUUUUCCUCCUCCCAAACUUCAUCUAAAGCUCCCCCCAUAGCUGUCCCCUUGCACCUAAGCAGACAACUUAACCUACAGUUGGGUUGGUGGCCACCAUGUUUGACCAUAUCCCAUCCAAUGUGAAACAUUGAUCUCCGACUGAGAAAAUAUGCAGUAGAACCAUAGCCCAAUCAGCUUCCUCUGUACAUUUAUCUUCUCAUGGGUAGACAUGGCGGCUGCCAACCCUGCUGUGGGGGGAACAUUAGAUACGGUUCAGGAGGACUAAGUUCUCCUCACAAAAAAAAUCUAUUUUUUAAAAGGGUCUUGCUGGGAAAGGACCCUUUUCCUCCACCCAAACUUCAUCUAAAGCUCCCCCCAUAGCUGUCCCCUUGCACCUACCGGUAAGCAGACAACUUAAUCUACAGUUGGGUUGGUGGCCACCAUGUUGGUGAUCUACUCCUGGAAGCCUGUACACUGGAUGUAUCAUGGGUCGACAUGGCAGCCGCCAACCCUGCAGUGGGGGGAACGUUAGAUACGGUUCAGGAGGACAAAGUUGUCCCCCUUUCUGGAGGAGGUACAAUAGCCAUACUAUGACUUUCAAGGUUCCUGGUAGCUACAAGAAUGUUCUGGGGUUCAAAAAAAUGCAUGGCCCUGGACAUUUGGUGGAUCAUCUCCAUCAUGCUCCAUCUGCAGUUACAUUUCUUCUCGUGGCCCCUGUCUUCCCAUCCUUGGGGAGGUGCUUAUUUGUAUCUUGAUGUUGCUGUACUGUAUGUGUGUGGUAUCACGCGUGUGUGUGUACAUGUGACUAGAGAGGAGCACAUUUUCCGUGACUUGUUUCAGGACCGACUUGUGAUUAUUCCACCUGGAAAUUCUCGCUACCGAUCAGAUGACUUUGAAUUGCCCCAAAACAUUUCUAAAGGAGAUUCGUAGCGAGAACCUUUAAACAUAAAUAACACGCAGCGUACCAAAACACGUAUGUAUAUAUAGAUAUAUUAAAUUAUUAUAUGAAUAUUAUUAUUUUUAUUAUUUACAAAGGGGCAUUAUUGUUAGAAGAAAGCGGAAUGGAACCAAGGUGUGUCCAUGGGGAGAAAAGUCGCCCGUUCUGACCGGUUUACUCCUUUAUGGGAAAAACAAGGCCUGUGAUGCUUUCUCAAUGCUGAAGGAACCCCCUAGGGAACUGCUUCACCAUUAACUGUAUCCGGUUGUCAUAGCAACAGUCACACUCUGAGAUAACCAAUCUGUAGGGAGCUUGAGGGGUUUUUUUUGUGUGUGGUGGGGUAUUGUCCUCGGUGUAUUGACUGCCAGAAGCAGCUCUUCGUUUUUAGUCAGAUGGAAAGUUCUUGACUUAUUUGUAUGGAAACCGUGUACUUGUGAAAAAAACCCGUGCUGGAUCCUUCAGAAUGUGAAAUAUUAGCGCGUGGCGGUGCCCCUUGUUCUCCGAUGCAUGCAACGCGUGAAGGGUGUAAUGACAAUAAAUGUUGCUCUAGAAUAGAUAUAAAGGGUGUGCAGUGGUUCUGAUCCCUUCAGAAGUUUUAGGAGUGAGGCGAUCUACAGUGUUGGCAGUAAAGGUAACAAUGGGUUCCAUGAUCAUUGACUCAACAGGGGACAGGACUCAGUGUAGGAAGAGCAGCACCAUGGGAUUGUCAGCCAUGUAAGAAAUACAAUGGUUCUGGGGCCCAGGAGCUUUAGGGGUGCAACUGUCCACAAUGCAGAUGGUGCCCAAGGCAAGACUGGGGAGACAGGGACCCACCAGAAAAACCUUAGACCACAGGCUUGUCCAUUUUAUCCUACUCUUCACAUUACAACCUACAUUAUUCUCUCCUCACUUGAACAGGAGGGCACAGUUGUUAUGGUGCAAGCAUAGAAAGAUAAAUAGUAGGGUAAGCAGCAUGGCCUACUGAACAUGGAGAUGUUCUUGCACCCCAAAACUCUAAUUCAACGUUGGCAGUGGUGCUGAGGUCAGUUAUCUUUAGGGAAAAAACCAAACAUAGAGUAGGUAGAACAUCUACAGAGCAGUGACACUGGGAUCUGUACGUGGUCAACUGGGCCUAAGUUGAGAAGACUAUUUUUGAUGCACAGAGGAACAAGGACCAGACAUAAUGUAGGUAGAACAAUUGAGUCCAAGAUAGACGGGACUAUUUCUAGAUGGAAAGAGGUAGAAGCAUCUCAACCCUUUGUCUUAGAAGGUCUCCUUCUCCUACUCAUUUAGACCAACCAUAUAACCUUCCUCACAGGUAUAAAAACAGAGGAGAAGGGAGGCUCUUGACAUAUUUUUGACACAUUAUUGACAUCGAUGCCCUUUUUGUUGUCAGGGAUCAUGUCCACCUCUGUGACAUUAGACGUCUUGAUUUACAAGAGGCUUUGCUGCAUUGCCUAGAGGUUUCUUUACCCAGCUCUGACUCCUGGAGUGAUGUAGCAGGAUGCGUAGUGACUGUAGACUGCUAAGUACCCGACUUGAAUAACCUCUAUGCAGUUGUAGAUUUUAGACAUUGCUUACCGUGACAUGCCUGGUUACCGCAGAGACACCAAGAAACUGUGCUUACCCUGUAUGCAAAGGUGCUGGGGGCAAAUUACUUAUAAGCAUCGCUGGCAUUUAGAUGUUCAUGUGGUUUUUGUUUGUUUUUAUGGUUCCUUGUAACGCAAGAAAUUGUGUUGUAACUAAUUCCUGCCCCCCAAAAAGAUGAGUCUGGCACUAGUGUUGUGAAAAAUGAGUGCUUAUGUGGUCAAGAAUCAGCUUUACACACAAAACUUGUGCCUAUGACCUGAUAAGUUCUUAGGGUGAGGUCCACCAUGACUAGGAGGACAACUGUAGAAGAACUUGGACAUCUUUAAAGGUUGCAAGGUCUGGGGGCAACAAUAUCUUAACCUUUGGUCCUCAAGCUGUUGUUAAACGUCCUACCUAAAUCUACUGACUUGUUGAACCAUGGAAAGGUCAGGGGCCAACAAUAUCUGAACCUAUGGUCCUCAAGGUGUUGUUAAACGUCCUACCGACAACAAUAUCUUAACCUAUGGAACCAAGGAACUCAUUGUUCUUUGGAGCCCAUAUAAAGAACUCUGCGUGUCUUGGGCAGAGACACCUCAUUGGCUGUAGACUGAUCUCGUUAGCAGAAGGCAUCAUUUCUGUAGCAUGGCGCCCAGUAACGUAGCUCAAACAUGUGAAUGAAGUCAGUGUGUGUGUCUGCAACUUCUACUAUGCACUCCUGUAUGUCACUGCUACGUGAGAAGGUUUAUUUAUUUAAUUUAUUGCAUUAUGAAGUUCUCUGUCUAUGGAUUCCUUCUAGUGUCAUUGCUGCAUUGGGAAUGUUGGUCCUCUGGCUCCCUAUAGCAUGAAUGUUUUAUUACUGUAUACAUCGGCUUCUGUAUUCAUGUUCCCAUUGGGUAUUAACUGAUAUCAAGUGGGAUGGGGCGGUCUUUAAGAACAUAUGCCUAGACAGUGAUCUGUGCCUUCGGGAAAACACACCUAAAUGUGAAUAUGGUACCUACAACUCCAGCAUGUUGGGGCUUUUCAGGGUUGAUCACCAAAUGGCAGUACCAAAGGCCAGAAAACCUUAGACCUAUACUCUCCAGACCAUCUUUCCUUCCCUGGUCACUCACUUUCCUUAAUUACUUCUUUUUACAUACUAUUAUCUAUCCUUUCCUCCAUUUCUUCUGCUUCUUCUCAUAUAACAUUGGUAAUGGCCAUGGAGGCAUACGGUGUGGGACUGGCCCAUCAGGAUACCAGGAAAACUCCUGGUGGGCCCAGGUGUCAGUGGGCCCUCCUGCUCCUGACCAUUUGGCCUGUUUCAUGGUCAUUCCCUAUUUCUGAAUAGGAACAAAGAGCAGAAAUAGGUGGAAGAAUAGAUGCUAGCAUGUCAAUAAAAGAGACUAGAAUAAAGAGGAAAGGAGGAAAAAUUGUUUGGAAAGUAGGUCUAAGGUUUUCUGGUGGGUCCCUGGGUUCCCAGUCCGACACUGGAGGCAUAGAAGGCAAAUGGUUGGUUGAGCAGAAGGGCCCACUGACACCUGGGCCUACCGGGAGUUCUCCUGGUAUCCUAGUAGGCCAGUCCAACACUGCCAAAUGGUGUCCAGAUUGGCCACACAAGUGUGACUACAUUCAAGUCCAACCCUAAAGAAUCUGUUGGGCAGUAGGGCACAAGUUACGGGCGGGUCUGUUGCAGAAGACAUGCAUCAUACAUAACAUAUAUAAAACAGGCAUUACUGGUGGCCACAGGUACAAGAUAAGCAUUUUCAAGGGGAAGUUCUACUAGGAAACACAAUUGCAGUCACGGGACCAAUCAAGAAUGAGAAGAUAGAUACCUGCCUGUCUCUUAGCCCGUUGGCAGGUUUAUGGCCCUAUGUCUCUCCAUGGUUGUGGCUGAUGGUAGUUCAGAUACAGUUGGCUCCUCAAUGUCCAACAUGACCUUCAACCAAACUCUUAACACUGCCAAGAAGACAUAACAACUGCCAGUUUAGUGCAACAGGAGGGUCAAUAAGUAACAUAUAGGUACUUAGUUGUUAUUAGACAAUAUAGGUUCUACUUACAGUUCUCGGUACAUCCCUGAAUUACUGCCACCCUUAAUACCCCAGGCUCCAGGGAUCUCAAACACUGUAGACUCGGCACUAACUCCAGAGGGACUCAGUAAGUUCCGUUGGUUUUUCCAUCACCCGUCUGACUUUGCAGGCAGAUAAAAAGCACCUAAUCCUUCUAUUUUGUGGCCUCUGUUGUGUUGCUUAUCACAGACUGUCUUGUAACGUGUGCUGCACACCACUCUCGGUGCUACUUCAUACUUGCUGUUAGUAUGAGAAUGACUAAAAAGUUUCAAUGUAUAACCGGAAAGAUAGUGACGUGCUUGUUAUCUUUGCUUGCUCAAGGUACUUUAUUAUAAAUAAACUCUGAAGAAGGAC